UGCAAAGCUCUAAACUUCUUUUUACCUGGAGAGACAGAGAAUCAAUCUGAAAGGAGAAAACUUUGGCAUUGUGUUGUAAGUGAUAUGGCUUCAACCUUUUUCUCCAGAGCCUUUCUGGCUGCAAGUCACCGCUUGGUCACUCCGUCUCUUCUUCCCCAGACGACACUCAACCUCGCCUCGUUUCUGAGUAAAAAAUCAUUCUACUCUCAGUUAGGCGCUCCGUCCUCUACAUGGGCUCGUCGAGCCAUGACUUCUAGUGGAGUUGGGGCAAAAGCUGGAUACUCUACUACAUCAUCUGUACCAACCAAUGAGCCUGUUGUGUCUGUUGACUGGCUCCAUUCUAAUCUUAGAGAGCCUGAUUUGAAGGUUUUGGAUGCGACAUGGUAUAUGCCAGAAGAGCAGAGGAAUGCAAUCCAAGAAUAUCAGGUUGCUCAUGUUCCUGGUGCUCUCUUCUUUGAUUUGGAUGGAAUAUCAGAUCGGUCAACAAGUUUGCCACAUAUGUUACCCUCUGAAGAAGCUUUCGCUGCUGGUUGUUCUGCUCUUGGAAUUGAGAACAAAAACGGACUGGUUGUUUAUGAUGCAAAGGGGAUCUAUAGCGCAGCUCGUGUAUGGUGGAUGUUCCGAGCCUUUGGACACAACAAAGUUUGGGUGCUGGAUGGAGGUCUACCGAGAUGGCGGGCUUCAGGUUACGAUGUUGAAUCUAGUGCAUCAGGUGAUGCUAUUCUGAAAGCCAGUGCCGCAAGUGAGGCUAUAGAGAAAAUCUAUCAAGGACAAACCGUCAGUCCAAUAACCUUUAAGACCAAGUUCCAGCCACAUCUAGUGUGGUCACUUGAUCAGGUCAAGAAAAACAUGGAGGAUCAGACACAUCAACAUAUAGACGCACGUUCCAAAGCCAGGUUUGACGGUACUGCUCCAGAACCUCGUAAGGGCAUAAGAAGCGGUCAUAUCCCUGGAAGCAAAUGUGUCUCUUUUCCUCAGCUGCUUGAUUCUUCUCAAACACUCUUACCAGCAGAAGAGCUGAAGAAACGAUUUGAACAAGAAGACAUCUCACUGGACAAGCCUAUUAUGGCCUCGUGUGGCACUGGGGUAACAGCUUGCAUCCUGGCGAUGGGGCUUCACCGACUGGGGAAAACCGAUGUGCCAGUCUAUGAUGGCUCCUGGACUGAAUGGGCAACAGAACCUGAUUUGCCCAUGGAAGGAGAUGAAUCUUCUGCAUGAAAAGUCCCCCCAAAAAGGGGAAAGGCUAGCAACAAGAUUACAAGCCACAGACACUUGAGAAUCAUGGUGUCUUUUAACUUGGAGAAAUUAGCAUGAAAUAAUCAAAAUCUAUUUGCUUGGCUUAGAAUCUGCCUCUAGAGGAAGAGGACUUUGUCUAUGUCUAUAGAUUCUUGAAAUAUGUUUUUUUGUUGGAUU